UGAAAAAACUUCUCCUCUUUCCCAUCUUCUACUCGUGUCUUGGAAUUCCUUAUGACGUUUUUCUUUAUCUGGCGUAGAGUAGGUGGAUGCACUGCACUGCAGGUACUGAAGGGGCCGAUCGCCCGCUGCGGAGGGGUAGGGUUCGCAUGGAUGACCACAAGGUUCACAGGGGGUGGGCACCGAAGACUUGAGCUAUGCCAAUGGAUGAGUCGAGCAAAUGCCGUGUUUCAGUGUUUCAAUAUGGCGACUCCCUUCCGGAGCGAAGGGGGAGAGAGACUCGUCAGGCGCCAAUGGCGGUCAGGCACUGCCCGGCGGUGUACUGAUGGUACCGUUCAAGUCCCGCCCACCGCAUUACCCCAGCCGAAGUAUACCUCUGGAGUACAUCCUCAACGUACCUGGCAAUGGCUACACCCCCAUCCUCCCAGGCUGAUUGGCCCAGCCUCCUCUGCAGGUGAGGAGUUCCCUCGAUUCCCGCAUUUUUGGACGAGGCGCUCCUCUUCUUCUUUGCCUCUUGGGUUCUGUUAAAUAUCGUAAAUGCUUCGAUUGUGCCUGAAUCAGACCCGGACCUGAUACCCCAGACGGAAUAUCAGAUCUCAAGGAAACUUCCCAGCUACCCGCAUUCCAGAGGAGACCGAGAGAGGUGUACAUCAAAGUGUUCCCCCUCUCACCCCCGCCAGAGAAACCGUUACUCAUUCCAUCGCAUCCUGAUCGAUCGCAUCGCACUGGGGCGGGGUUAAUUGCCUCCCCAGCCAUUCUUUCUCUUCCUAACCUUGGCCACUCUUCUCGGUAUCAAGGAUCAGCGCAUGAGUCCUUCGAGGCGCCUACACUAACCGUCCUGAUCUGACCAGAUAGUCCUCCCAGCCUUCGUCUUGCGCUUCUCUGUCGCAAGUGAUCGAGAUCGCGAUCGCAAGACACCGCACCACUGCGCGCUGUCGCUGCGAUUCCAGAAACACCCCUCGCUCUGAAGCGCCUACACCGAUACACGCCGUCCGCCAUGCUGGACGAGCUAGAUAACGUCUUCGACGACCAUCCGUCCCUGGAUGCCUCGCUCGAGGACUUUGAGAAUAACAGUAAUGCGCAUCGCUCCCCACUUUUCGGUCUUCCGUCCCAGCACUCUGGAUUUCGGUCGGAGGAGUCUGAUGGUGAGCUUGAUGAUCCUACCCCGGGAGAUCGCUGGUCGCCUCCAGGUAUGCACCAGCAUGACUACGUUCAAGGUAGUGGCUGGUACCGCCAUCAGCCCUAUGGGCGCAAAGCGCACCUUCAUGCAGACCACCUGGAACUCAAGCCUACAGUCGGGGUGAGCAUGUCGCCGUCCAUGUCGCGCGAACCGAGUCCACAGUUUGAAGAUGCCGUCGAAGGUCCGACGAGGCAGAAGGCCAGUGAUGAUGGCGACGUCACGAUCGCAGCCAAUGUACCUCUACCCCAUAGCGGAGGUACCCCACAGACCGGACGAUCCCCCAGCCCAGUUCCACCGCAGGGCCCUGGCGCCGCGCGCAACCGUCCCGAAGAUGAUGGAUCCGGGUUUGGUCCAGAGAAUCUGAGUAACUACAUUCGUUUUGCGGUACGCGCCGAGGUCCAGCAUCGCGAACCCAUUGCUGCCCUCUUUGGCUACUUGCGCGGCAAGUUUGACAAGAUCACCAGCUCCAAGUCUAAUACCACCUUGUCGAUCCUAGUUUUCCUUCUUUCCGUCGCAUUCAUGCGCGCGCUGUUCCUUCCAGGCCUGCCCCAGGCAAUCCCCGACCUGGUCAAGUUAUCGGGCUUUGCGCGCUCGUUUGAGCCGUUGAUUUACUAUUCUGAGAAUGGAGUCCAACAGAUUGGAACCUUGCAAGAAACGGGCGUUGCGGUCUGGGAUCUCAGCGAGUCGGUGCGUGGCACGAAUAUGACUAGUGCCCCCAUUAUCGUCCGGCAAUUAGACGAGCUGUCCGACUCGCUCAAGUCGUUGUCUCUCGAGCUAACACGGUUCUUCGCCAACGUCGACUCGGAUGUCGACUCCAUCCUGAUCGUGAUGGACUGGGCCAAGCGCGAGCUAGAAACACUCUCCGCUCAACCGCCCAGCACGUUACCCACUAUCAUGUUCGAUAAUGUGCACAACAUGCUAUCCCGCCUCGGUGCCCUAGAACAAACGACGGAAAUCCCCGACGGCGGCAGCACGGCGACCACUACAACGUUAGGUCACGUCGUCAUGGCUGUCUUUGGCCCAACUUCAGCUCAGCGCACCCGCGCCACACUCACCCGCACCUUCACCGAGUUCCUCUCCGUGCUAGAAGAGUCCAUCAACAGCGAAUUAUCCCAUUCAACCGCGCUGUUCGCCCUCUUCGAGUCGAUUGACCGCCAAUUCCUCAACCUCCAACGCACCGUGGUGCGCGAAUCGGACGCCCAAGAGCGCGCCGAGGGCGAAAUGCUCAGUUCUCUCUGGACUCGUGUACUCGGACCAGACGCAGCCGCUGUCCGCAAGUACGAGAAAAACAAGAAACUUCUCGCGAACGUACGCAGCCGCACCGUCGCUAAUAAGCACCUUCUCGUGGAUCACCGGGGGCGUCUGCUCACGUUAAAGGUGAAUUUGGAGACGCUGCGACGGAAGCUGGUUAGCCCGCUUGUGCGUCGGAAUGACUCCGUCAGCUUUGUCGGCAUUGAUGGUGCAUCUGCGUCCGGGAGCUCUCAUGCAUCGGGUCGUAUGCUCGGCCCCGUUGAAGCCGUUAUCGAUGGCCAGAUUAGGGGGCUGGAGGGAACCUAUGAAUACCUGCGAUCAGUACGGGAACGCCAAAAGGCCAAGCUGAUGGAGAUGGUGUAUGGGUCCGGGCGAAAACCAUCUUCUUUGUUAGGUGGCAUUGACGGGCAGGAUGAGGAAAUUGACGGUGUAUAGGGCAUUGCUGCUCCUCGCUUUCCCUGAGCUUUGUGCCUGUCAUCCGACCUGCAUGCAUUUCUACGUUUCCUUUGUCAUGUAGCAUCGGACCCGGUGUCGUCUUGACUUUGCUUUCUGAUGGUUCCUGAUCUAUAUUUGGCGUUUUGGACCGGUUUACGAGGGAUCGGUGGUGUCAGGGCUUGUUUGCUCUUCGUUGGGAAGGCGUUUUACCCCGGUCUUGACCUCGGCCCUGAUCUGUUGGUGCAUAUGCAUGGCGAACAGGGAGGAAAGGCGAGGCGUCUGCAAGACAAAAGGGAUAGAGAUUCUUGGCGGUACACUUUACCUUAUUUUUAUUUAUCUUUCAAUCGACUACGUAUUCUGAUCUU